AUGGGGGCCAAGCUGGUGGCGUUGACGGCGGGGACGGCAGCGCUGGUCUACGUCGCGCUCUCGGGGCGGCUCUCCUCGACAUCCGGCGACGCGGCUGGGGCGGCGUUGAGGCGGCAAUGGAGACCGGGUGAAGAGGACGAAGCCAACAAGGGGGGAGGAGAGGAGGCCGGAGCGGGCGCCGCCGACCUGGAGGGAGGCCGCGGCGGUGACGCGAGGACGGCAGGGUUCGCGUCGACGGGGAGCAGCUCGUCAAUGGGGAACCCAGCAAGAGCGCGAGGAGCGCCUCCAUCUCCGUCUCCCGCUGCCACUCCUCGAUUUCCAUCUCCCGCUGCCACUCCUCCGCCGCCGUCGACGCCACCGCCGGCGUCAGGGUCAAGGUUAGCGACCGACAUGUGA